ACGAUUGAUAAGCAUAAUUUCCACUAAUCUAUGUGUGUGUGUUCACUAAAUUAUGUCGUGAUAAGUCGAUAAAAUAUGACCAGAUUCUUGGCAACGAUAUCGCUCCAAUCAAUUUUUUUGGGUGUGUGUGUGUGUUUAAUAAAUGUUUGAUUGCACACUGUUUGUCAUUUGAGAUAUUGUCUUGUACUUGUGCAUUACAUUAUAUGAUUUGUUUAUGUGUGUAUUUUGUAGCAGAUCAUUGUUGAAUAUUGUUUUUGCUGAGAACAAAAUUGAAUUUUUAAGUAAAAAAACGAUGAAAAAAAUACCAACCGAUAUUUGGGUGGAUAUCGAAUUAUUUCAAAAUAAUUUUAACAAAAUCAAUGGCCAAUUUAUUCGAAACAUUGUAUCGAUUUUUAAAAUAUCCCAUCGAUAUGGACAAAUUAGUUUUCUAUUUAUGAAAAAUGAUGCUACCUAUGCUUAUGGUAAAGGAAUAUGCAACCUGCUAUCGUUUCAACAUUAUCCGAAAUACCCAAUACGGAUUGACAUUUUGAAUAAGAAGAAAAUCAUUCAAGUGGAAUCCGGUGAAGGAUUCGUUGUCGUUUUAACUGAUGAUGGAUUAGUUUAUCUAGCCAGUGAUGAUUCAAGAUGGAAAACGAACUAUACUUUGCGAUUGAUCUCCACCGGUAAUGAUCGUUUUGAAAUGAUAGCAUGUGGACAUUAUCAUUUGUUGUUGUUACGACAAGAUGGCACUGUUUUUGCUUUUGGAUAUAAUAAAUAUGGUCAAUUAACCAAUUCACUGUCAUCGUAUGAUACUGUCGUUAACACUGGUUUAAAAAAUGUCAAAAUAAUAGCUUGUGGAGCGAACCAUAGUCUUGCUCUCACCAAUACGAAUCAUAUUUAUUCCUGGGGCUGGAAUGAUAAUGGACAGUUAGGUCUAGGCGAUACAAAUUACCGAAGAACACCAUCAUUGCUUUCAUUUCCUGGUGGUUCGAUUCAAAGUCCAAUCAAAAAUGUUGCGGCCGGUGCAAGGCAUUCAUUAUUUUUACUAGAGGAUGGUCAGAUUUUUGGAUGUGGUUAUGGUCAAUAUUCUAUUAAUGAUAAUAAUGAUCAAAAUGCGAUGGUACCGACAAAAAUAUCCAUUGAAAAUGUACAAAGUGUCGCUUGUAUGAAUUACACCAUGAAAAAUAAUCUCGAUUUUUCAUUGGCUUUGGAUCAGUCAUCACAUUAUUAUGCAUGGGGUAUAGUAAAGAAUGAAAAAUUGUUAUCACCAAAAACAUUGGGUGGUCGCCCGAAAUCAUUCGCUGCAGCAUCAGCCUUGAUAAUGGGAUCACCAAUCACUUUUGGCCUAACACCAACAAUCCAUGCUUUCGAAUCGAAUGAUACAAUAUCAUUUAUUGGAUUAUUGAAUAAUCCGGAUAAUUAUGAUAUCGAAUUUGUUAUCGAUGACAAACGUAUAUUAGCUUCAAAGUGUCACUUAAAAAUGUCAUCCAAAUAUUAUAGUCGAAUGUUUUCGGGUGAAUGGCAAGAAAAUAAUAAUAGAGUGGUGAUUGAUGCAUAUAGUUAUGAAGUAUAUUAUUCAUAUCUACGUAAAUUACAUACUGGUCACAUCCGAAUCAAUCAAUCCAAUAUAGUCGAACUUAUUGAUUUGGCCAAUUGUUAUGGUGAUGAACAAUUAUUCAAACAUUGUCGAACAUUCAUACGAAGCAAUCUCAAUGAACAUACUUUAUCCACUUAUCUUCCAUUGAUUGUCAAAUAUGAACUUAAUGAUAUGCAUGGCAAACUUGUAGAAUUAACUAUCGAAAAUAUUUUACCAAAAAUUACUAAUGAUCUUUGUGAAAACAAAGAAAAUAUUAUAAAAUUUUUAUUAUGGUUUUUUGAACAAUAAUUUUCAGGAACAAAAAUUGUAAAUUUGAAUUUGUUUUUGAAGCAAAUUUUUUUUUCUUAAUAC